AUGAGUGCGCUAGCCCCUUUAUCCCUUUCCCUCAUGGCCACAAGGAAAUCCUCCAGAAUUCAGGGAAACCGCGAUAAUCCCAACAAAAUCGACAACUCAAACCCUGAAGACGUACAAGCAAAGCCAGCCAGAAAGGCCAAGAGAGCAAAGACAGCGGCAACGGCGAUACAAGCCUCUACGGCUUCAAAUCCUGAAGUCACUCGUCGAAGGCGCGGGAACCGUGGAUUACUAGAGGAGCUAGCUAAGGAGGCACCGUUGGAUAUUCUUUUAGAGGUACUCAAACAUUUGGAGUUCCGAGAUAUACUGCAUCUUUCCCGGACGAACAAAUAUUUCCGGGAACUUCUCAUAGUAAGCCGUUCACUCUCUAUUUGGCGUGAAGCUCGAGAGAACACCCCCAAUCUGCCUCCGUUACCCGUCGACCUGAAUGAAAUGCAAUAUGCAAGCUUGCUCUUCGAUAACCAUUGUCAUGCAUGUCUCCGUUCUCCAUGUGACAAUGUUAUUUGGGAAUUCAGAGUUCGAUGCCACAAGAACUGCAUGAGCCAAUUGUUUAUGGCAUACGAGAAUCGCCCUGCACGUCUGAAGAACAUCGAUUUUCGGAAGGUGGUUGAACAUAUUCCCUUUUAUGAUGAACAAAUCGACAGGACCGAUGGACCUUUUUGGUUUACUCCAAUGUUUAAGCGCCUUCUCGCGGAGUACAGAGAAAUUCAACGCGAUAAAUCUGCAGUUAAAGAGUGGAAUGAAGAGAAAAAACAGCAUUUCGAGUUGAUUACGAGCCAUGCUAGGGAAUGUCAUACAUGGGAUACUAAUCGUCGUACGGAACGUGAUGCAGAACAAGAGACCCUCCGAAAAGAACGUCGUCAAGAAAUCAUCACAAGGUUAUCUGCGUCAGGUUGGGGGCAAGAAGAGCUGAAUCACGAAGAAUUUGUCUCCCACCCUCUGUUCAAACCGCCGAAGGCUGUCACGGAACGAAUAUGGAACAAUCUCGAACCCCAGUUAGUUGAUUCUCUCCAAGGACUCAAGGAUAGGCGACUCGACGAAGAACGUCGCUGUUCUCUCAAGUCACGAUACCGACUGCUCGAGUUGGCUUACGAGGAUAAGGGGGAUAGAGACAGGUUGACUGUAUAUCCUCCGAUCUCCGAUCUCAUUAACGCACAGCUCGGGGUCAUUGACGAUAUGAUCUGGAACACACCACACGACGAGAAAUUGACCAAGUCAGACUUUGUCAACGUUCUACGUGCGACUGAGGCUGAUUUUGCAGCGUUUUCGCGAAAGUGGGUCAAGCAAAAGAGUCAAGAACUUGUAAAACUCUUGCGAAAGUUUAAGGGGGGUUAUGACUUACGUUCGACGAUCUUUUCGUGUGAGCACUGUGGUGACAAGACUUGGGCACCUAGGAUUUUUAUGCACCAUUGUUCGGUGUAUCACAAUCGGCUCGAUUCUGGGCGUUGGGACAGGCCGGAAUUCAACCCGUUUUCAGAGCUCAGUUAUGGUUGGUGGCGAGCAGACGCAUUUUCUCCCAACGUUUUGCUAUCUGGGAAGGUAAAGGAGAUCAUGGCGUUGUGCGGAACGCCUGAGCUGGAAAGCAUCGAUGAUCUGGAACGCGAAGAUCCACUGUUUGAAUGUUUGGAUCGUACGGGCCACAAUGGGAAGAGAUGUUUCGCCCGUUGGAUGGAGGCAAUGAUGCGUUCACUUAAGGGAGAUCAAGUCGUCCUCACGACUAUUGACGAUGAUACAAAAAAUCGAAUACUAACUCUAGAGAAGGCAUAUGAGCGACGCAGGUGCCCUGGUUAUGUAGUCUGCAAGCACUGCCCGCCUGAUACGACGGCUUUUGAGCUAUAUAGCACCAAGAUUUGGUCGCAUCUCCGUGCGAAGCAUGGUAUAGACUCCAUGAACGUAAAGAGAAACGUCGACUGGUGCUACGGUCUGCAAGCAAGAGUCUUCUCUCUCCGUCCACCAACAGUCACUUUAGUAGAGUCGGACAAUUAACUAGCACGGUUUCUGUCGAGAAACCGUACGACUCUUAGACACGAAUAAUUCAGAAUGUACCUCAAUAGAUAACCGAUACAAGAAAAAUCAAACAUAAAGGA